AUGGGCUAUGUUGUAAAGGGGCAAGAAAACAAAGUCUUGAAAUUGAAGAAGGCUUUAUAUGGCUUGAAGCAAGCACCAAGGGCGUGGAAUAAGCGGAUUGACAAAUAUUUUCAAGACAAUAAUUUUUUGAAAUGCCCAUAUGAACAUGCUCUUUACUCCAAAGUAAGGGAGAAUGGAGAUGUAUUUUUUGUUUACUUGUAUGUGGAUGAUUUAAUCUUCACAGGUAGCAAUCCAAAAAUGUUUGAAGAUUUCAAGAAGGUUAUGACUCGAAAGUUCGAGAUGACAGAUAUUGGCAUCAUGGCUUAUUAUCUUGGCAUUGAGGUCAAGCAAAUGAAGGAUGGAAUUUUCAUUCACCAAGAAGGCUAUGCUAAGGAAAUUCUCAAGAAAUUCAAGAUGGAAGAUUGUAAAUUGGUGAACACGCCCAUGGAAGUUGGAAUUAAAUUGUCAAGAGAUGAAGAUGGAGAAACGGUGGAUCCAACAUUUUUCAAAAGUCUUGUUGGAAGCUUGAGAUACUUAACAUGCACAAGGCCGGACAUAUUAUUUGCGGUUGGGCUUGUUAGUCGGUUUAUGGAAAGACCCACCAUAACUCAUUUCAAGGCGGCUAAAAGUAUUCUUCGUUACAUCAAAAGUACCCUUGAUUUUGGGUUAUUCUAUUCAUUUACUAAUGAUUUCAAGCUUGUGGGUUAUUCUGAUAGUGAUUGGGCUGGAGAUUUGGAUGAUAGAAAAAGUACUUCUGGCUAUUGUUUUUUCAUGGGAAAUGUUGCUUUUACAUGGUGCUCAAAGAAGCAACCCAUUGUCACCCUCUCAACUUGUGAAGCAGAAUAUGUUACAGCCACUUCAUGUGUUUGUCAAGCAAUUUGGUUGAAGAAUUUGUUGAAGGAAUUACACAUGUUACAAGAAGAGUCAAUGGAGAUUUUUGUGGACAACAAAUCAAUAAUUGCUUUGGCCAAGAAUCUGGUGUUUCAUGAACGAAGCAAGCAUAUUGAUACAAGAUUUCAUUUUAUUAGAGAAUGCAUAACCAAGAAGGAGGUGGAGCUCAAGUUCAUUAAGUCACAAGAUCAAGUUGCGGAUAUUUUCACCAAGCCCCUCAAGUUUGUCAAGCGACAUGCAAAAUAUGAUGCUGGUUAUAACUGUGCUUAUUCCAACCGCCUCCUGGUGGAUUCCGACAAGAAGACAACAAUCUUGUAA